AUGCGCUUGCGUGCAUAUGUAAAUAAUGUGUCACUUCUGUCGGGUCUUGCACAAACAUCUGCGAGUGUAGCAUCUCCAUGUUACUUACAUUUUACGCCUACUACAUUACGGCUUAUUUCUCCAGCAGGGCAGUACGGUGUUCAGAUUUGGGCAACCCUCGAUGUCGAAGCAGUGUUUUCCAAUUAUCGCAUUGAGUCGCACCAUGAUAACGAAAUUAUUAUAGAAGUAUCCGCCGACAGUCUGGCGCGUGUCCUACGGUCAGCCUCAGGAGCCUUGGAAGUAAUGCUCCGGCUAGGUAAACGCGAGAAAGACCCGUUAUUGAGCUGGAGUAUCGUAAUGACAAGUCAAAGUGGAACACGCCUUGAUGUUAUGCAAGAAAUUGUUGUUCGUAUUUUACGUCAAUCAGAAUAUUCACUUAUAUCUGAACCACUAUGUCCCAAGCCAGAUGUAUAUAUUGUCACGCCUCCUUUAUCAGAGAUGCGACUUGUUAAUGAUCAGAUGCGCUCGCUAUCAUCGCAUGUCGUGCUCGCAGCCAACCAUGACGGAACUCUCAAACUCGCUCUAGCCGAUGACGACGUUAUUGGUAGUGCCUAUUGGACCAGAUUGGAGCAUCCUAAUGUACAGGGAGACAUGGAACAAGAUUUAUUAACAGAGUCGUCACGCAAAAAAUUUCAUGAAGUGCACAUGCACACGAAGGCAUUGCAAGGUGUACUUAGCUGCAGCAUGCUAGCUAAAUCCACUGUAGCUUGCUUUUGUUCCGGAUACUGUGUCGUAUUCUACGUGUAUCUAGCUGGCCAGUCUCGGCAAACGCGCCCCAUGCAGCGCACUGGCAACAACGACCGCGGCGUUUUAAAUUUUGUGGUGGCUGGAUUGGCGCAUGAUGAAUAA